AUGGUUGAAGAGAAAAGGGAAGAGUAUGAGGAUGUUAUUGGCCCUUGUCUUACAGCAACGAGGAUCUUCAAGCUGACAGUCACCAUCCUAAUGAGUCUCCAUUACUCAUGCAACUUCUUCCUCUAUUGCGCCUUCAACAAGCGGUUUGCAAGGGAGCUGGCCGACCUCAAACCCAGCGUGUUGCGUCCCAGAGCGGCGGCUGUCCCGUAUCCUCGAAUACGAAGAGUGGCGCCCUUUGGUGGAGAUCCUACGGCCGCGGCUCCUCCACUUCUCCACUCAGCCACGACGUCUUCUUCCACCUCCACCUCCACUUUCAUGACGAUGUCCUCUUCCACUUUCAAUAAAACCUCCUCGUCUAUAUUCGGCUCCACCGCCCCCUCCACCACCUCCACCAUUCCCUCCACCACCACCUCUACCACAUUUUCCACCACACCCUCCACCAUUCCUUCCACCACCGCCUCCACCAUCCCCUCCUCCACCUCCUCCACCAUUUCCUCCACCACCCCCUCCACCAUUCCCUCCACCAUACCCUCCACCACCCCCUCCACCAUUCCCUCCACCACCUCUUCCACCAUUCAUUCCACCAUUCCCUCCACCACCUCUUCCACCAUUCAUUCCACCAUUCCCUCCACCACCGCCUCCACCAUUCCCUUCACCACCGCCUCCACCAUUCCCUCCACCACCCCCUUCACCGUUGCUGCUUCAGCGCCCUCAGGAGAGUCACGGUCACCGCCCCCUCUCGAGCACGGGCGCGACGGAUCUCUUAGCGUCACUGCUCUUUACGCCCCUCUUGGUCCCUCCUCCCCUUCGUUGUCUUCUCCUUCUUCUCCUUCUUCUCCUCCUUCUCCUUCUUCUCCUUCUUCUCCUUCUUCUCCUUCUUCUCCUUCUUCUCCUUCUUCUCCUUCUUCUCCUUCUUCUCCUUCUUCUCCUUCUUCUCCUUCUUCUCCUUCUUCUCCUUCUUCUCCUUCUUCUCCUUCUUCUCCUUCUUCUCCUUCUUCUCCUUCUUCUCCUUCUUCUCCUUCUUCUCCUUCUUCUCCUUCUUCUCCUUCUUCUCCUUCUUCUCCUUCUUCUCCUUCUUCUCCUUCUUCUCCUUCUUCUCCUUCUUCUCCUUCUUCUCCUUCUUCUCCUUCUUCUCCUUCUUCUCCUUCUUCUCCUUCUUCUCCUUCUUCUCCUUCUUCUCCUUCUUCUCCUUCUUCUCCUUCUUCUCCUUCUUCUCCUUCUUCUCCUUCUUCUCCUUCUUCUCCUUCUUCUCCUUCUUCUCCUUCUUCUCCUUCUUCUCCUUCUUCUCCUUCUUCUCCUUCUUCUCCUUCUUCUCCUUCUUCUCCUUCUUCUCCUUCUUCUCCUUCUUCUCCUUCUUCUCCUUCUUCUCCUUCUUCUCCUUCUUCUCCUUCUUCUCCUUCUUCUCCUUCUUCUCCUUCUUCUCCUUCUUCUCCUUCUUCUCCUUCUUCUCCUUCUUCUCCUUCUUCUCCUUCUUCUCCUUCUUCUCCUUCUUCUCCUUCUUCUCCUUCUUCUCCUUCUUCUCCUUCUUCUCCUUCUUCUCCUUCUUCUCCUUCUUCUCCUUCUUCUCCUUCUUCUCCUUCUUCUCCUUCUUCUCCUUCUUCUCCUUCUUCUCCUUCUUCUCCUUCUUCUCCUUCUUCUCCUUCUUCUCCUUCUUCUCCUUCUUCUCCUUCUUCUCCUUCUUCUCCUUCUUCUCCUUCUUCUCCUUCUUCUCCUUCUUCUCCUUCUUCUCCUUCUUCUCCUUCUUCUCCUUCUUCUCCUUCUUCUCCUUCUUCUCCUUCUUCUCCUUCUUCUCCUUCUUCUCCUUCUUCUCCUUCUUCUCCUUCUUCUCCUUCUUCUCCUUCUUCUCCUUCUUCUCCUUCUUCUCCUUCUUCUCCUUCUUCUCCUUCUUCUCCUUCUUCUCCUUCUUCUCCUUCUUCUCCUUCUUCUCCUUCUUCUCCUUCUUCUCCUUCUUCUCCUUCUUCUCCUUCUUCUCCUUCUUCUCCUUCUUCUCCUUCUUCUCCUUCUUCUCCUUCUUCUCCUUCUUCUCCUUCUUCUCCUUCUUCUCCUUCUUCUCCUUCUUCUCCUUCUUCUCCUUCUUCUCCUUCUUCUCCUUCUUCUCCUUCUUCUCCUUCUUCUCCUUCUUCUCCUUCUUCUCCUUCUUCUCCUUCUUCUCCUUCUUCUCCUUCUUCUCCUUCUUCUCCUUCUUCUCCUUCUUCUCCUUCUUCUCCUUCUUCUCCUUCUUCUCCUUCUUCUCCUUCUUCUCCUUCUUCUCCUUCUUCUCCUUCUUCUCCUUCUUCUCCUUCUUCUCCUUCUUCUCCUUCUUCUCCUUCUUCUCCUUCUUCUCCUUCUUCUCCUUCUUCUCCUUCUUCUCCUUCUUCUCCUUCUUCUCCUUCUUCUCCUUCUUCUCCUUCUUCUCCUUCUUCUCCUUCUUCUCCUUCUUCUCCUUCUUCUCCUUCUUCUCCUUCUUCUCCUUCUUCUCCUUCUUCUCCUUCUUCUCCUUCUUCUCCUUCUUCUCCUUCUUCUCCUUCUUCUCCUUCUUCUCCUUCUUCUCCUUCUUCUCCUUCUUCUCCUUCUUCUCCUUCUUCUCCUUCUUCUCCUUCUUCUCCUUCUUCUCCUUCUUCUCCUUCUUCUCCUUCUUCUCCUUCUUCUCCUUCUUCUCCUUCUUCUCCUUCUUCUCCUUCUUCUCCUUCUUCUCCUUCUUCUCCUUCUUCUCCUUCUUCUCCUUCUUCUCCUUCUUCUCCUUCUUCUCCUUCUUCUCCUUCUUCUCCUUCUUCUCCUUCUUCUCCUUCUUCUCCUUCUUCUCCUUCUUCUCCUUCUUCUCCUUCUUCUCCUUCUUCUCCUUCUUCUCCU